CCCGAUCUACGUGAUGAUGACAAGGAUGACAUCUGAAAGCCAAUAUUUCCCUCUCUCGGUGUGUAUUUACCUCUAAACUCUUCGUUUCUAGCUUAAGCAUCCAAAGGUUAUUAUCGAGCAUGUUUAUAAUGUUGUUUUGUAAGAGUCAAAGGGUAUCUGACAGAGAACGGGUCAUGUCAGAUGAUCCGACGACACCAAACGACGGUAUUGAUGACUUCCUCCGCAUAUGUUAAAUGAGCAGCUCGACGCACGUUGUUCGUCCAGCUCCAUCUUGGUCUUCCUGUUUUGCCUCUGCAUGCGGCAAGCUGUCCAUCCAGCGAGCCAUUCCGUGUUUUGUGCAGAUUCUUCCUCGCCUCCUCACUCUUCAGCCUUGCUCGAGAAGACCAUGGAUCCCUCAGAAUCCCGGCCAUCGCCGCGCCGGCAGGUCCAAGGCCCCAGGCCCACCCCACUCAAGGUCUCCAAAGACUCCUACAAGAUCAAGAAGCCCCCGGUGGCACCGCCGCCACGCGUUCCCCUCGUCAUCUACGCCGUCUCCCCCAAGAUCAUCCACGCCCAGCCCGGCGAGUUCAUGACUCUGGUCCAGCGGCUCACGGGCCCGAGUUCCUCCGCCGACCCAUCGCUCACCGGCGAGCUCUCCCCCGCCGCCCGCAUCGCCGCGUUCGAGCGGGCGACGCCGACGCACGCGGGGGACCGAGCGGGAACCGACGGCGUGGACCAGCUGGGGAUCGAGCGGUGGCCGACGCUGGACCGGCCCGCCUCGUUCCCGGGGAUCCUGUCGCCGUUGCCGUGGGCGCUGCCGCCGAUAUCUCCGAAGCUGUUCUCGCCAUCGUUCGACCCCAGCGUGUUCAGCAUCUUGCAGGAAUUGAGCCCAGUUAUCGGCAGCAGCAGCAGCAGUGGAGGAAAAGCCUUCCUAACAAGUCCUAGUAAUAGUUUCUUGUCGACUCCAAUUGUUCCUUCUCCGGGAGCUUGCUGGGAUCUGCUAAGUCAAUUCCCAGAUGUGUAGAGAAGACGAAGAAAAUAUAACGAAAGAGUGGAGAAAGGUUCAAUCA